AUGAAUUGUAUCAAACAUGUUACCACGGCACCCUACAGACCACAAGGUAAUGGCGCCGCGGAAAAUGCUGUCAAAACAAUUAAAAAAGUUAUUAAAAGGGCGGUUCACGAAGGUAAAAAUGUGACACAGGCUAUCAACAUAUUUUUAUUUAAGUAUCGGAAUUGCGAACACGCGAGUACAGGAGUGCCUCCCGCGGUCGCCUUGCUCGGGCGGCGGCUGCGCGGGCGCUUGGACGCGAUGCGCCCGGACGUGCGAUGCGCCGCGCAGCAGCGCCAGGCGGCCGCGGCCGGCGGCACUCACCGCGACCACGACCUACAACCCGGUGAUCCCGUGCUGAAUCGUGACUAUACCGCGAGGGGAGAAAAGUGGGCCGAGGGUAAAGUCGUGUGUAAAACGGGCCCAGUCUCAUGUAAGGUGAACAUUGGAAAGGGAAUUGAAUUACGUAGGCAUCUGGAUCAAGUAAUUCCAAUAAAAAAUAAAAAUAGAUAUUCCUUAACGCGCACAAGUCAGACAUCAAGGGAGGAGGAAUCCCAGGGUGAAGAUAGGAAUGGUAAUAAAACUGAUGUGGUCUGUAGUGAUGACGAGGGGGCUUGUUUCGAGGACGCGUCGGGUGGGCCGACAGCAUCGAGGACACGCGCGUCAGCGCCCUUCUCUGAACCUAUCCAGUCCCCGACACUGACGCCGCCCGGACCCGACGCGUCUUCGCGAGCUUUGCGUGCUUUUAACCGUAAUAAGAGAAAUGCAAAGAUUUGA